CCUCCCCCUCUUCUGCCUCCACCUCCUCCCCCUCUUCUGCCUCCACCUCCUCUUCCACCUCCUCCCUCUCCUCCCCCUCUACUGCCUCCACCUCCUCUUCCACCUCCUCCCCCUCUUCUGCCUCCACCUCCUCCCCCUCUUCUGCCUCCUCCUCCUCUUCCACCACCUCCCCCUCUUCUGCCGCCACCUCCUCUUCCUCCUCCACCUCCUCUUCCACCUCCUCCUCCUUCUCCACCUCCUCUUCCACCUCCUCCCCCUCUUCUGCCUCCUCCUCCUCUUCCACCUCCUCCCCCUCUUCUGCCUCCACCUCCUCUUCCCAUCCCUCCCUCCGCUCCACCUCCUCCUCCACCUCCUCUUCCACCUCCUCCCCCUCUUCUGCCUCCACCUCCUCCCCCUCUUCUGCCUCCACCUCCUCCCCCUCUUCUGCCUCCUCCUCCUCUUCCACCUCCUCCCCCUCUUCUGCCUCCACCUCCUCUUCCCAUUCCUCCUUCUCCUCCUCCUCCUCCACCUCCUCUUCCACCUCCUCCCACUCUUCUGCCUCCACCUCCUACCCCUCUUCUGCCUCCAGGCUUCUCUCUGGUGCUCUGCUCCAGCCGUGGCAGCACCAAUCACACCCACCAGCUGGACAUCAGUCUACAGCCGUGGCAGCACCAAUCACACCCACCAGCUGGACAUCAGUCUACAGCCGUGGCAGCACCAAUCACACCCACCAGCUGGACAUCAGUCUACAGCCGUGGCAGCACCAAUCACACCCACCAGCUGGACAUCAGUCUGCAGCCGUGGCAGCACCAAUCACACCCACCAGCUGGACAUCAGUCUACAGCCGUGGCAGCACCAAUCACACCCACCAGCUGGACAUCAGUCUGCAGCCGUGGCAGCACCAAUCACACCCACCAGCUGGACAUCAGUCUACAGCCGUGGCAGCACCAAUCACACCCACCAGCUGGACAUCAGUCUGCAGCCGUGGCAGCACCAAUCACACCCACCAGCUGGACAUCAGUCUACAGCCGUGGCAGCACCAAUCACACCCACCAGCUGGACAUCAGUCUGCAGCCGUGGCAGCACCAAUCACACCCACCAGCUGGACAUCAGUCUGCAAAUGGAAAACAGUCCCUCUUCACUUCUUCUUUGAAUGAGGAAAAAGAAGGGACUUGA